UGUUUAGAGAAAUUCGAGAACGUGCAAUUUUCUUACCAAAAAUAUCUUUCUAAUUUCCACAAAAAAGUUUCUUUCUUUAAAAAAAUAACCAAUCAAAAGAAAAAUCAAUAAAAUGGAAAUUAUCAUCCCCUCAACGGAUAUAUAUUAUAGUUGAAGAGUUGAAGCUGCAUUCAGCUCAGUCCUCUGAUGGAGCUUCAAACCUUCCGCCAUCCAUCUUUUGCUGGAACUGUGAUGUUUUUGGUCCGAAACCAUGAGCUCAAGUGGAAGAAUCAUAAUAGGUUUAGUCUAAAUACCAAGCUUUUGGGCGAUGGACAUUUCUGUAAGCAUUCAAUAUCAGGAAGGAAAUGUUUCUCAAAAAAUAUCAGAAGUUCGGUUUCUUGUUCAUAUAGCACAGAGAAGAAUGAUACUUUGCCAUCGGUAAAACAGCUAAGUGAUGCUAGAGUGAUUUAUGCCGUGGCUCCAGCCCUGGGUCAUACCAAGGAGUCACAUCCAGAAUCCAGUGCUAGGGUUCCUGCAAUUGUGACUGCGCUUGAGGAGAUGGAGCUUACCUCAAAGUUUCGUGGCUCAGAAAUCCUUGAACUUCAAAAUUUCAAGCUUGCUUCAAUUGAUGAUAUUGCAAGUGUUCAUGCGAAGGCUUAUGUAUCAGGCCUUGAAAAGGCUAUGGAUCGGGCUUCCAAGCAGGGCCUUAUUGUAAUUGAUGGUUCUGGACCAACAUAUGCUACUGCUACAACAUUCCAUGAGUCACUAGUUGCAGCUGGAGCAGGACUUGCCUUAGUUGAUUCAGUGGUUGCAGCAUCAAACAAUCGACUAGAUCCACCUAUGGGUUUUGCUUUGAUAAGACCUCCAGGACAUCAUGCUAUUCCAAAAGGUCCCAUGGGGUUCUGUGUUUUCAGUAAUGUGGCUAUUGCAGCUCGACAUGUUCAGCGUCUACAUGGAUUAAAGCGGGUGUUUAUUAUUGAUUUUGAUGUUCACCAUGGGAAUGGCACAAAUGAUGCUUUCUUGGAUGAUCCAGAUAUAUUCUUUCUUUCAACCCAUCAAGAUGGAAGCUACCCUGGCACUGGAAAAAUUGAUGAGAUAGGUCAUGGGGCUGGCGAAGGAGCGACACUUAAUCUACCACUACCCGGAGGCUCAGGUGACACUGCCAUGAGAACUGUUUUUGAUGAAGUCAUUGUGCCCUGUGCUCAAAGGUUCAAGCCAGAUAUAUUCCUUGUGUCUGCAGGGUAUGAUGGUCAUGUAUUGGAUCCACUCGCCAGUCUACAAUUUACAACAGGGACAUACUACAUGCUUGCAUCUAACAUCAAACAACUUGCCAAAGAUUUAUGUGGCGGCCGCUGUGUAUUUUUCCUGGAAGGAGGAUACAACCUCGAUUCACUUUCAUAUUCCGUGGCAGACUCAUUCCGAGCAUUUCUCGGGGAGCCAAGUUUGGCACCUAAGUUUGAUGACCCAGCAAUAUUGUACGAAGAGCCAUUAACCAGGUUGAAGCAAGCAAUUCAGACAGUAAAGCACAUACAUUCACUGUGAUUGUGCAAAUAUUUAAUUCUUAAAAAUUUAAGUUGGCACUGUCCUUUAUUUCUGCAAUGAAAACGUUGCAGUAUAUAAUGGAGAUUCUGCCAUGAUUCAGUACUGGAAGUUGAUGUCUAGGUGGUCAACUAAAUAUGAAUCAUAAAUUGAUGUAAAUGAGGUUAAUUUUGUUAAUACCGUUGAACAAAACUAGAAGGUAAAGCUCAAUUAUAAGUUAGAACAACCUCUGGUCAAUGCGUAAAUGACCCUUUUUUUGAUAACUCAAUUAUAAGCAUCCUUCUGAUUUUGGUAUUAACGCCGCUUUUGAGUCGCUCAAUGCUAGCUAAAGGGUGAGGUGGAGAAGUGGAUUUUUCCAUUUAAUGACAU